CGAUUGAGGUUUCUUUCACAGUGAGCCUCCACUUGCGUACCCCAUUCAGAGAAGUCAUUCCCGGCUAAACUUUCAAAUGAAAUGAGUUUUAAGAUGGACAGUAUUUUGAUUUGCACUCGUUUGUUGGUAAAUCAAAAGGCAACUUGUUAGCGGUCAACAACUUGCAGAGGGAUUCAACUCCGCGAUACACUCUCUUUCCAUAAAUAAAGCAAAUCCUGAGAAGAUAUGAACAACCAUAUGAAUUUUCUGAAUUUCCAUGGCACAUAUUAAGACAUAUUUUCCUACCAUAAGACCAUAAAACAAUAAAAAAGACAGCAAAUUCAAUCCUUCUCUCCGCCGACGACGGAUCAUUCAUGAAAACAACCACGCGAGGAAUAAGCACUUUCAACUUCUGGCGUUUCCGACAGCCAAUCAGAUCUUGUGGCAUUGUUCUAACAGCCAAUCAGCGUUACGGCCAAAAUCUGGCCGUAACGAGCACAAACGUGAAUGAGUUUGGAUCAGGCCCAAUUUUAGCGGUAGCCGUUAGAGAGAAUGUAUGAGAACCGCUAAAAUUGGGCCUGAUCUCAGGUUACUUGGAGUUCAAUUACUAGGGAUGGCAUGCAAGUUCCAGGAGAGGAAGGAAAAUUUCCCGUCAUGUGGUCAUAUCUUCCAUUCAACGCAAGAAGUGUACCAAGAAGUGUGAUGCAUGUGUCAAGAUUAUUUUUGCAUUCUCGGUGUUUACAUAGCCUGUGAGCAAGCUCUCCAGGACACCCUGGCAGCAGGGCAGGGAAAGGAAGGAGAGCUUGCAACUACGUAGACCUCUGGAAUUUGAAUAACUGCAUCAAAAAAGUCGAUGUGAAAUGCUGAUUGGUGGAGAUGAUAUUAGUAAUGACGUCCUUACCCUUGGCACAUGUUUUGAAAUGUUUCUUUACAUUUAUGCUCAUUUCUGCUUUGCGCUGAUUGGCAGAAAUCUGGCAGUUCAGUCGACGGGGAAGCCAAAGGGGAAUUGGAGGUGGAAUUCAAAUUUCAGAGACGUAGUUGCAAGCUCUCCUUCCUUUUCCCACCCUGCCACCAGAGCACCCUGGAGACCUUGCUCACAGGCUAUUUUCUACAAGGUCUAACAUUGUGCUUGUUGCUGCUGCAGAAUCGAAUUCCAGACAGAAAUGAUGCAGCUGCUGUUCAGCAGUUUUUCAUGGAGGAAAUUCAGAUAGGAGAAGAUCUUAUUCAUCAAGGUCUGUUUUCAUGGUUUUGUUUUUGGGUUUUGGGUGGGAGGGCACUUCCUUUGUUGGCCAUUAGGGGGAUAUAAAAAGGAGCAAGGGUGGUGCAAAGCACUCACCUCCAGCCAGUUGACUAGGUGUUGAACCUAGUGACAUGUGGGAUGAGUUAUUAGAUGGUUCUCUCCCUUGCAUCGAGAAGUAAUGCUCUGAUUAGUCCAAGUUUCCUCUCUCAUUAAAAACCAAAAUUUUCAAAUUCCAGUUCAACCAGGAAUGGUAGAUGAAAAACCACCAUGUGGAUGUGCUACCUCUAAAUCAUUAUAAUUUUUUAUUUAUACCACUGCACAGAGCAUGUUUUUUGUCUCUCUGAGGGUAUUUAAUAAGUAUUCUAGUUGAGCUUGCCCUAAAUGGAAUCUUAUGUUUUCACGUCAAUUUGUACAUGGAUAAACAUCAGGUUUAUAAUACAAAUAUAACUAAAAUACUAUAUAAUUUUUUGCAGCAUAUGUGCGAACGUAAAAAGUAAUAGAUUUCAAAUAAUUAUCAUGGGACAUUUGCUCUCUUAGCUCAUUUCUCUCCUAAUGCUGUGUUUAGGUUGAAAGUUAGCGGUUGCCAAAAGCUUGUCAAAGAUUUUGCUUGUCUCAUAUCAGAGGGUAAAUUGUUCCACAGAACAGCCCUGCUUUAACAGCACUGGCUGUCCAAACUCACAUUAUGAGGAAAGGGUGUAAAGUAAUUAACAUACCAUAGGUGAGGUGUGACCUUUGUGCUGGAUAUGCUGGUGUCGUGUUAGUCGUGUAUAAAGGCACUAAGUGAGGACUUCAGUGGAAAAUUGACCUAUAGAGGAAAAUAAAAAUAUCCUUGUGAUAUAGCCCCUUUAAUAAAAUACAUAUCACCAGACAAGGGUCUCUACAUAUCUUUCUACAGGUGAAACUGAUGAAGGAAUCAAUCACCUAAUUAAUGCUGUCACGGUGUGUGGUCAACCACAGCAGCUUUUGCAGCUCUUUCGUAGCACUCUUGAUGAUGAGCCUUUCCAAAAGCUUCUAGAAAAACUUUCCUCCAUGGCCUCUAACCCUAUGGUCCAGCAAGUACACGUAAGUGAAAACACAAACUCACUUGUUUAACUUCUAAGUUAUGACAAUAUGCUUGGUGUAGAAAUUGGCGUGGUGUCAGUCUGUGAGAUGUCCACUCUUCUUACCGGAAAUUAAUGAUAUUUAUUUUCUCAACACUCUGUGGGAAAGGAGGAUGACAUCCAAAGAAAAGGACAGGGCCAAUGUUUCUGGGCAGAAGGGUGAGGGGCUCAAACCAAAAACUCCCUACUACAUUUGCCAUCUAAUGGUUAAGCCUUAUAUGUCUUGUUUUUAUAAUUUGGAAACCCUCAGUAAGCCAACUGUAGCAGGAUAAUAUAUUAUUAUACACUGGCAAAUUAUUUUUCGGGGAAACAGUGAAGAACCCUUGGGUAUCAGCAGUGUGCCCUUACCAACCAGUUCCAAAAGCACCUUAUUUCCUUGAAUAAGCCUUCUCCCCCAAAUAAGCACCCACCGACUAGGCAAGUGCUCCUCUCAAUCAAGAACCCCCCCCUUCCCCCCGCCCGCCGGCCUCCUGCAAAGAUGAUGAGAUAAUCAAUAUUUUAUAAUCAGGCAUACUGAUACAUUAGUGUGUAAAUUGCUUAAAGUGCAUGGGGACUAACUACGGUACGCUUCAUAGACAACGACUGUAUUGACAAACGAAAGACUAUUAAUAUUUAACCAAAACAAAUUUACACUUCCUUCAGAGGAAAACUUAAUAAUUGCUCCCGCCCCCCCUCGAUUAAGCGCCCUCCUUCCAAUUAGCAUCCCUCUUUUUGGCAGUAAUCUCAAAUAAGCACCCAGGCAUUUAUUCAUUCAAGGAAAUAUGGCAUUUGAAUUUCCUGCCAUUUUGAUUGGUCAUAAAACUAUUUUAUCUGGUUAACGCAUGAAACAGACCUGGUGACCAGAGGAUAAUGUUGGUCAAUGGUUUCCAUGAUAGUGUCUCUGUUUAAUGGAGAUGUGUUUCUCAUGAAUGUCUUUGUUUUUUUUUUUGCAGCCAGCAGGAUUUAGUGGGGACUCACUGGAUUAAUGUUUACUUAGACAUUUACAGUUAGGCCCAGUUCAGACAUCACAUUUCACAUGCGCCAAAUCUAAUAACAAGAGUUUUUCUCCAUUAGCAUUAGAUUUGGCACAUGUGAAAUGCAGUGCUUGAACCACGCCUUAGUUAAUAUUUUUUACUGAGACAUUGUUUGCUGAAGAAGCAGAAGUGUUGCCCUGGGCAGUUAGCUCUGUUGCCUGUAUUUAACCAUGAACUCAGAGAAGAAAUGUGUCAUUAAUACAGGGAUGGAAAGUAUGGUCCGGUUUCCUGAUAACAAGUUUGAAGCAAGUCUGCAACAUUGCUGCAAAAUGAAUUGAACAGCCAAGUUGCACGUUUUACAACCCACAUUCGAACCUGUCCUGCAUCAAAUAAGGUUGCAAGGUUUUUUUUCCUGGGUGGUAAAACGCGCAGCAUUGCUGUUCAACUCAUUUUGCAGCAAUGCUGCAAAACAAGUCGCAUGUUUUUUGUUGCCCGUGUUACUGUUGACCGAUAUUGAAAUGUCACUGCUAAGAGUAUCAUGGCUCACAAUAAGGUUCCAAUGACACUGUUUUAUUGAAGUUUACUGGGUAGGAAUUGUCAACCAAAUUUAUUUCUGGUAGACAGUAAAAUAAGGUAUAUUACAUUGCUUCAAACUAUACCAGUGCCUUCCAGCCCCUCAAAGGCUUUAUUUGUUUGAGACAACAUAUAGCAACUUUCAUGUUUAGAUAUGGCUUGAACCAACAACACAACCUUUUUUCAUGUUGAUGUUGAUUUGCACCUUGUCAAGGUUGCUCAACUAGACAUAUUAUUAUUAGUUGGUUAGCUGGGGUAAGUCCAUUUUUUGUAGAACUUACAGGUUAGAAAGAAAUCACUUAUAACAUUUUUUAAGUAAGUUCAUUGUUGUUUACACAAAGUGCUUGAGAAAGUAAUGACAAAACCUGAGCUUCAUGACAAACAUUAAGCACUAUGUGUAAACAACAAUGACCCUAGAAAAACAAGAAUGAUGAACUUAGGCUGAACUGUUUUCAGAACCCCUGAUUGGAAUCCAUUUUAAUACGUUUUAAUUGCCUUCGUUUGUAUUUGAUAUUUUACCCCAUGGUUCGCACUAUCUUGAAAAGGUCUUGAAAUGUAGUAGUUGUCUUGAAAAGUUUUUGAAUUCGGUUAAGGUUCUUAAAAAGUACUUGAUUUCUUUAUUAGGUCUUGAAAAAUUCUUGAAAUUCACUACCUUGUCUAAAAACAUUUUUGAACAUGAGCAAUAUCUUAGUUUUGUUUCUUUAUUUUUAAUGCUGUUUCUGUACCUCAGAUGCAAUUGCAAGUCAUACCCAGUCAUUUUCCAAAGCUUUGUUGUCGAAAGUAGUAUAAAAUAAUGUGAUCAACCAUGGCUGAAGAAGUAAAAAUUGCAAAUGACAGACUCCAUGAUGUGUUUUAACCAGUAAGGUGUUCAAAAGGGGGUUAAAGAAGGCCUAUUUAUUGAAUAAAUCUUAGUCCUUGAAAAGUCCUUGAAAUUUGUUUGUCUGAAGUUGUGCGAACCAUGUACCCUCCUUCAAUGUUUUUGACACUAUUUUUGUUUCACUCAGUUUGGUGGUCAAAUGGCCAAAAUUUGUUUCACAUCUCCUUUUAAGACUGAUUUUAGAAUAAUUAUUGUAAUCACUGAAAUCUUCUUAUCAUAACUAUAACAAAAUUCUCUAAUCUGAUUGGCCAUUGGCAGGCCUGCAUUUUUUUCAUCAGUAGGUGCUAUUGCUCGUUUUAUUUAGCUUUUGAAUUUUUUUUUUUCACAUCUAGCGAAAUACUCUCAGAAGAUCUUGUGAUUUAAUUUUUUGUUGAAAAAAAGUUGAUUUAAGUAUCAAAAUUUUGUCUUAGUUAUCAUUAAAUAAGGUAACAUUUAACACUUAAUGGUCCUGAGGGAAACAGUUAAUUUUGUUCCCCGAGAAACUCAAUGUUUCCCAAGGUAGAACUCUGGAAGCUGGAAAUUCAGUAAACCUCGACGUAAUGGCGGUCGCGGGUCAACAUUCACUGGUUGCAGUGCAGUGUUACCCUCUGAUGUCAUAGAUUUUGCAAUGUUGCCCACUCGGAGAUUUUGGCUGGAAACAGUUUCAUUGUUAAUGUCAUGUGACCAUGAGGUAAGCAACAAGAGGGCGCGCUGUUGGGACAAAAUUUCCAGUUAUAUAACAAAAGUUCUUGUCACCCUAUUCGGCCUGUAAUGAAAUCAAUUGGAUUAAACAAAUUGUACCCCUUCAACACGUAUGUCUGAUUUUGUUUUUGAUUACAGACUGAAUUGGACUCCGCUUAAUGCUAUUACCGUUAUUGUUGUGUUAUGUCUCUGAUCAGUAAACCAGCAGUAAGAUGAUUUUAAGUUAUUAGUUGUAACUGAACAAAAAAUAUAUUACUGAUGAUAUGACAUGGAAAAUAAAGUGGACACGACCAGCUAAAUAAAGCAGCC